AAAGUUUUCAAGACACAUUCAAACAUGAUGGGUGUUAAUGGUAUUUUGUGUACUCUACUUGUGGUAUUAAGUUCAGCUAAUUAUUGUACAGCAUUUUACAAUGCCUCUCACGAAUUAUAUACACUUCCAUGUAAUCAGGAUGAUUUGAAUUACCGUGCCUAUCCAUAUGACUGUCACAAAUAUAUAGCCUGUGAAGAUAAUGCCCUGGUAGUCAUAGACUGUCCCGAAGGUUUCAUUUGGAGUGAAGACCGCAAAGCUUGUGAUUUUCCUGAAAAUGCAGAAUGCCAUGAAAUUCCAUUUCCAGAACCCGAUUGCUCAGAUGGCAAAAACACUUACUGGAGAUAUCCCUUCGACUGCAGCCUAUUCUGGGAGUGUUUAAAUAAACAAUUGUAUCUUUUGCCAUGCCCUGAUGAUUACUUCUGGGAUGACAGCAUUAAAAAAUGUGAUGUAAAUGAAGCUGUUGAUUGCUCUGGCAUCAUUCCUUAUCCAAGUACCAGCAGUUCUGAAGCCCCAGCCACGACAACUGACGAACCUCUUCCAUAUACUACUCCUGAAAUGAUCUGUACGAAAGACAAUACCUUCUUCCCAAACAUUUAUGAUUGCUCAAAAUACUAUGAAUGUUCCAACGGAAUACCAGUUCCAAUGAGCUGCCCCGCCGGAGAAAUGUGGAAUAUUAAACUUAACACCUGCGACUGGGCUGCCAACGUUGAUUGCUCGUAUACCGUAACUCCUGGAACUAAAGUUCCACCUACAUCACCAGUAACCCAAACUCCUGAACCCGAAACUCCAACAGCUCCAACAACUUCAGUACCAUACACAACACCAGAUCUAAUAUGUACAGCUGACAAAGAAUAUUUCCCUUACAUUUAUGAUUGCUCAAAGUAUUAUGAAUGUUCAAACGGAGUACCAAUUUUAAUGGAUUGUCCAACAGGAGAAUUAUGGAAUAUUAAAAUAAACAAUUGCGAUUGGCCUGCUAAUGUCGAUUGCUCUUAUGUUGUUUCCACAACUGCAAAUCCUUCAUCUGAUGUCCCAGAUACUUCCAGUGCCGAUACAAACACUCCUUCAGAGGAUCCCACAGAAGCAACUACUGAACCUAUACCAUACACAACACCAGAUCUUAUAUGUACAGCUGACAAAGAAUAUUUCCCUUACAUUUAUGAUUGCUCAAAGUACUAUGAAUGUUCCAAUGGAAUACCAGUUUUAAUGGAUUGUCCAACAGGAGAAUUAUGGAAUAUUAAAAUAAACAACUGCGACUGGCCUGCUAAUGUUGACUGUUCAUACGUUGUAACCACUAGUGGAGCACCUACAGCAGCACCUACCCAAGCACCUACCCAAGCACCUACCGAAGCACCUACCGAAGCACCUACCCAACCACCUACCGAAGCACCUACCGAAGCACCUACCCAACCACCUACCGAUGCACCUACCGAAGCACCUACUGAAGUACCUACUGACGCACCUGGACCAAACACAACACCCGAAAUUAUAUGUAAACAAGAUAAUACUUAUUUCCCAUACAUGUAUGACUGCGCCAAAUACUAUGAGUGUUCAAACGGAAAACCAAUUUUAAUGACGUGUCCUACCGGGCAAUUAUGGAAUAAUUUGCUAAAAACAUGUGAUUGGGCUGCAAACGUUGAUUGCUCAUACAUCAUAUCCACUCCUGCACCAGCAGCGUAAGAUAUAAGUUAUGUGAUAAAAGAAUGUAAAUCUUAUUUUUUUAUUUUUAUUUGUGUCGAAAACAAUAAUACUCUAAAUGAAUAAAAUCGUUAAUUGCAA